UAUCUUAUAUUCCAUACGUAAUUACUUAAUGGCAUACUAUCUUCUGUCAUUCAAUAAAUUUAUUGCUUACCAUAUUUGAAACUAACCCCAACGGCCAACUCACCUAAACCAUGCACCAGAGAAGAAAACGUUAUCCCAUUUAAAAUGGCUAUACAUACCAAUUCUCCAAUCACAUGUUAUAACUUCACAAAAAUAUCUCCUCAUUUCAACUCAAUGACAUCUCAAUAUUUUCCUCUAGCAACAUUCUUCUCCAUUUUCCUCUUCUUUUCUUUUUCUUCCUCCGAACGCUCUUGGUCGAAAAAUUCACUUACAUCUAUUUCCGUACCUCCUUCUCCUUCUCCAUCUCCGUACCCGAAUGCUCCUUUUGAAAUUCAAGAAGCUUGUAAAGCCUCACGGGACCCACCAACAUGCCAAUCCGCAUUAACGGAACCUCCAUACCUACCGUCAAAUCUAACGGCCGUACAAAUCAUCCUCUCCGCAUUAAGCAUUUCAUCCCAAAACCUUACUAAUGCUCAAAUAACGGUGAAGAAACUCCUCGAUACCGCCACGGGCAAUGUCAAUGUCACCGUGGCCUCGAAAAACUGCCUCCUGGGAUUGAGUUAUUCUGCAUACAGAUACAAUAAAACGGCUGAUGCAAUGCGGCGUGGUGAAAUAAAGAAUGUUCGCGCAUGGAUGAGCGCGGCUCUAGGCUACCAAAUUAGUUGUUCGUCGAACUUACUUAGAGUAAAUGGAACCCUUCGAGUGGUAAAGACAUUAGAGUUAAUGAACACGUUAAUAGGGUUUACUACUAAUGCUUUAUGGAUGAUGGUGAAUUAUGAUAUUCACGGAAAUGAAAUCGAGUCGUGGGGCCCACCAGAAACAGAGCGAGACGGGUUUUGGGAAGUCGGGUCAGGGUCAGGAUCCGGGUUUGGGUUUAAAGGUGGGUUGCCAUUGGGUUUGAAACCGAAUGUGACGGUGUGUAAAGAGGGUGGGUGUGAUUAUAAAAUGGUGCAAGAAGCGGUGAAUGCGACCCCGGAUAAUUUGGGACCCGGAAAGUUUGUGAUAUGGAUUAAAGCCGGGUCGUAUGGUGAGAUAGUUCGGAUUCCCUUGGAAAAGAGAAAUGUGGUAUUUUUGGGUGAUGGCAUGGGCAAAACCAUCAUUACAGGAUCACAAAGUGUUGGCCUAAUGCCUGGAAUGACCACUUAUGAAUCUGCCACCGUUGGAGUAAGUGGUGAUGGAUUCAUGGCUAGUGGCCUAACAAUCCAAAACACAGCCGGUGUUGAUGCUGGACAAGCAGUAGCCUUCCGGUCCGAUAGCGACCUCUCGGUGAUCGAAAACUGUGAGUUCCUAGGCAAUCAAGACACGCUUUAUACCCAAUCAUUACGCCAAUACUUCAAAUCAUGUCGCGUUCAGGGGAACGUAGAUUUUAUUUUUGGUGACGCGGCUGCAUUUUUCAAGGACUGUCACAUUCUAGUCACACCUCGGUUGGUUGAUCCCGUAAAAGGUGAAACUAAUGCAGUAACGGCUCAUGGUAGGUUAGACCCUGGACAAUCAACUGGAUUCGUCUUCCAAAAUUGUUCCAUCAAUGGAACGAAAGAGUACAUGAAUUUGUAUCAUAGUAACCCGAACGUGCAUAAAAAUUACCUUGGAAGGCCUUGGAAAGAGUACUCGAGGACAGUUUUUGUGAACUGUAAUUUGGAGAUUUUGGUCCGCCCUGAGGGAUGGAUGCCAUGGAGUGGUGAUUUUGCGUUGAAGACGCUUUAUUAUGGUGAAUUUAAUAGUAGUGGUGCUGGGGCUAAUGUAACAGGGAGAGUGCCAUGGAGUAGCCAAAUUCCAGCUGAACAUGUUCAUUCUUAUUCACUGAAGAAUUUUAUUCAAGGUGAUAAGUGGAUACCUUCAACUUCUUAGAAUGCUGCUAUCCAGGCUUACUAUUUGUUACAAAUUUAGUGAGAUUUUUAUCGGAAAAAAUUACACAGAUAGAAUAAUUUAAUAAUUACGUGGUAUGAUUAAUGUUUUAAAAAAUUACAAUUCAUAGUUAAUAAUUUUUAAUAAUUACAUCGUAUGGUUAAUGUAUAUAUUAAAGGCAAGUAAAACUUUCUCUCUCGUAAUUAAUUUUUUGUUUUAUCUCUUA